AUGAUCGCAAAGCAAGAUGACGACGGCCUCGCCGGGCCGGGCACAUCGCCGAUUGGGGACCAUCGCCCAAUUCGUGUUGUCUGUAUCGGAGCAGGAUAUUCAGGCCUCAUGAUGGCUAUCAUAGCCGAACAGAAGAUGAAAAACCAUAACGUAGACUUUCAGGUUUAUGAAAUGAAUGAGGAUCUGGGUGGGACAUGGCUGGUGAACAGAUACCCCGGUUGUCAGUGUGAUAUUCCAGCACACAAUUAUGCCUACAGUUUUGCCCCAAAUCCUUCCUGGCCGAAUUACUACGCCACCUCAGAGCAAAUCCACACCUACAUGAAAGAUGUUGCCACCAAAUACGACUGUGACAAAUACAUUGCCUACGGCCAUAAAGUCACCAGCGCUGUCUGGAGUGAGCCAUCGGCAAAGUGGGUACUCACAGUACAAAACAAGGACAAAGAUUUCUCUGACACGUGCGAUGUGCUCAUUAAUGCUGGCGGCGUUCUGAAUAACUGGACAUGGCCAAAGAUUGACGGUAUAGAAAAGUUCAAAGGAAAGCUCCUCCACUCGGCAGAAUGGGAUGAAGCCUAUGACUGGGCAGGCAAGAGAGUUGCUGUAAUUGGUAUCGGCUCGUCAGGUAUACAAAUCGUCCCCAAAGUCGCUCAAACCGCUGGUCAUGUCGACUUCUUUGUGCGUUCAUCAACUUGGAUAUCGCCGGCUCCAGGCAUCAGUGAACCUACGCCUGAGGACCCUGACGUGGAUGAAGAAUACAACUAUGCACCCCACGAACUAGAGCACUUUGCUUCUGAUCCUAUCUAUUCACAACAGCAUCGAAAGUUCCUGGCGAACAAGCGUAUUGAAAACUUCAAACUCUCUAUGUCGGGCUCCAAAGCUCAAAAUGAAACAGACCAACUUUUCAGGAAGACCAUGCUUGAUCGGCUUGGGUCUGGCGAGAAGGGCAAGGCUAUUGCUAAGUGGCUCCUACCUGAUUUCCCAGUCGGUUGUCGUCGACUGACGCCGGGUCCUGGAUUUCUCGAAGCUCUCAUUCGGGAUAAUGUAGAUAGUCAUUGGGAUGCUAUUAAGUGCAUAACGGAAACCGGCAUCCAGUUGAAAGAGGGAAGCCAUAUCAAAGUCGACGCCAUAUUCUGUGCCACAGGCUUCGACACAACUUUCAGACCUCGGUUCCCUCUAAUUGGGAGAGGCGGCGUGAACUUGGCAGAACGGUGGUCGAAAGAAGAUCCGGAGGCGUACUUCAGUAUUGCAGUACCAGAUAUGCCGAACUAUUUCAUGUUCAUUGGCCCAAACAGUCCUAUAUCAAACGGGUCCCUUGUGCAAGCCAUCCAAAUGACCGGUGUCUACAUCUACAGAUGCAUCACCAAGUUACAGUGUCAUGCUAUCAAAUCAAUGAUGAUCUCAAAGCAGGUAACCAGAGAGUACAAUGAUUAUUCCCAACAGUGGCUGUCCAAGGCUGUCUGGGCAGCACCAUGUCGCAGUUGGUACAAACGGGGAACCAAGGACGGUCGGGUCGUCGCCGUGUAUGCAGGCAGUUGCUAUCAUUUUGCUGAAGCGCUGAGAGACCCAAGAUGGGAGGACUAUGAGCUCGAAUACGUGGAUCUUCAUGGAAAAUUCGGUCGCUUUUCAUGGCUGGGAAAUGGGUUCACGAAGAGGGAGAUGCUCGGGAAGAGUGUUGCAGACACUCAGACCCUGAACUUCGAGGACUAUUGGAACUUGAUGGUUCUGCCAGAGAUACACUAUUAG